AUGCAAUGUAAAAGGUGGACCUUUAUUUCAGACAAGAGUGGAACAGAUGAUAAGAGCUCAGCGUCCAGUGCUACAACAAACACCAGUGGCAAUUCCAACACCGAAAAGGGGAGUGGUGAAGUCAAUGCUAUCCUCGAAGGUGGUCAGUCAACCUCUACUGGCACUGCAAGCGGUAAUGAACCCUGCAUCCUCCUAGUGGUUAAAUGGGGAGGCGAACUCACUGCAGCCGGUAGGCAACAAGCGGAACAAUUGGGCCGCGCUUUUCGUUGCAUCUACCCCGGUGGAGAUGGCAAUUAUGGCAAGAAUCCUGGUCUUGGACUCCUUCGGUUGCAUUCCACUUAUCGCCACGAUUUGAAAAUCUACGCUUCUGACGAGGGUCGCGUUCAGAUGACUGCUGCUGCUUUUGCCAAAGGCUUUCUUGCCUUGGAAGGCGAAUUGCCUCCUAUCCUAGUACAAAUGGUAAAGAGCGCAAAUACCAAUGGACUGCUGGACAAUGACAACGAUUGUCAUCAAUACCAACAGAUGGUGAAAAAACGAAUUAAGAAGGUUAUGUCCUACAAGGGUGUAUGGGGUGAAGAACAUCGACAAGCGCUGGCGCCUACAGGAGCGAAGUCUCUCCUUAAUGCAAUGGACUACGUUGGCAAUCCAACAGAGGCCUGUACUAAGUUAUUCGGCUACGUUCAGCGACUGGCAAAUCGCGUUGCAAUGCUAACAGCAAAUCUGCGGGAGCGAGAAAAGAUGAGUCUAUAUCACAAUGAAUCCUGGGAUUUGUUGCUACGUCGGUGGGGCAAAUUGGUUAAGGAUUUCCGUUCACCCAAUGGGGAUUACGAUGUCUCAAAGUUGCCUGAUAUUUAUGAUAAUAUCAAGUAUGAUAUUCAACACAAUCCAGGUAUUCUUAUUGAAUCAGAAAUGCUGGAUUUCUUCAGCCUCGCACGAGCACUUGCUGAUAUUGUGGUUCCACAGGUAAGAGUCAUCUUUCAUCUACUAGUAUAA